AUGGCCCAGCCGCGGCUCGCCCGCGCCGCCGAAACGGGUGGUGCGCGGCCGCGAGCCACCACCGCCGCUGCUGAAACCAGGGUGGAAGCCAUUGUAGUUACUGUCGUCACUGUCCUCGUCGUCGCCAAUGUCAUAGUGAUCACCAGAGGACGGCGGCGGGGUGUGCCAGUCCUGGAACUCGAUGAUCCGGAGGCGGACAAGAUAGCGCAGCGCCGGCACCUCGUCGUGGAUGAUUUCGUGCGGCCGCAGGGAUAUGAGGUCGGGGUGCGUGCACCAAGCCGCAACGAAGAGUUCGCGCUCGUCGUCAGGAUCCUCAAGCGCUUCGGGGUUGGCAAUGUCGACCCGAGCACACGACGAGCCGAGAACGAGUUCCAGAUCCUCAACCCGGGAGAAUCGGACGAUGAAGUCAUCCGGCCUUGUACGUCGGACGGAGACCCGGUCCUCCGUGAUGCCAUAGAAGCGGCCAAGGUGCUCCAGCACCAUCGCCGGGGUCACCAGAGGGCGUGUGCCAAGCACCAGCGCAACCAGCGCCAUGGAGAGCGCGUCUUCCGCCGCCUGCAGCUCCGGGGUAUAUAUUUGUAUUAUCACAAGGAAUUUAGACAUGGCAGUGUCCUAUUUGUAGUUCUUAGGAAACUUGCAGAUUCCCUGGGAGAACGGGCACUAGAGAGGAUUAGCACAGAGCUGGUUGAAGCAGCACCUGUUUUGACAGAUUAUGAGCAUAGCAUGAAGCAAAUUGAGGCCGAGCUAUUGAUUAUGCAGGCUUUUAUUGCUCAGGCUGGGGCAAAAGUCGGUGAUAAGGCAUUCGAUGCUUGGGUGGACCAAGUGAGAGAUGUUGCCCAUGAGGUAGAAGACACCAUUGAUGAGUAUGCUUACCUUGCGGUUCAAGCCGUGGAUACUGGCAGCUUCUUUAAGAGGAAGUUCCGUCAGAUAAAAAGGUUCGCAGCAUGGCAGAAGUUUCAUAGCCAGAUCAGUCAAGUAGAAGCUCGAAUUCAGAGGCUAGGCGAAAUUAGGAAUCGAUAUGGCAUCUUGGCAGGUGAAAUAGACAGGAGUAACAAAUUGAGGAACCCCAAUCAGCUCUUUAUGUCAGAUUCUUCUUACUUAACUGAUAGCUCUGAAAUAAUGGGGCAUGUUGAUGAAAUUGGAAGAUUAACACAAUGGUUACUUGAGGACAAACAAGUGCGAACUCUCAUUGCCAUCUUUGGUAUGGGAGGUUUAGGAAAAACUACUAUUGCAAGCAGUGUGUACAAGAAUCAAAAUAUCACAAGAACUUUCAACUGUAUCUCAGACUUAUCAAAUUGA